UUCUGACCCACAUCGUUCUCCUGCCGUCUCUCCACACGACCGAACCACACCAGAGACUUUUCUCUCUCCCAUCUUCUCCCGUGAUGUCUACCACCUUGAGUCUUCCUUUCGCCUCUUCAUUUUCUCACCCCUUGUCCUUCCUUGUUAAACCCCCAACAUCCAACGCAACAUCCUCGUCUCUGUGACUGCCACAGCCUGGUCCUCCCUCUUUCUCGUGCCCCAGCACUCGGCCCCCAUACAACAGCACCGGCCUCACCACCGUCUUGUAACACUUUUCCCUUCACCACCGCCCCCCACCAAAACCCUCGAGCCACCAAUCCUCCACCGCUCGCUUCCAUCAGUUCAGGGGAGGGGUGCCCGGGGGCAGCCUCCCCACGUGUCCCGCCGCUCGCUCACGGCACUGCCGCCCCUGCCCUGCGAUCCGCCGCCAGGGCUGCCCCUGCACAAGGACAAGAAGUUCUGCGCGCCCCUCGUGCUCAUGUUCCGCGAGCUGCAGCCCGCGCUGGGAAGCAGCCGCCUCAUGCCGCUCGGCAUUCAGCUCACGCGACACGCAGACCGAGAGAACCCGGUUCACACGCCGCACAAGAACCCGCGCCGCUUCCUCUUCGCCAAGAUGCACGUGGGCUGCGCCGACAACCAGGUGCACCAGUUCGUGUGCCACCUGGGCCUCACGCACAUGCUGCUCGAGCCCUUCGCCGUGGCGCUGCACAACCACCUGCGGGGAGGACACCCCGUGGGGCAGCUCCUGCGCCCCCACUUCCAGGGAGUUUGCAGGUCCCACACGGCCCACAGCCGUUUCACUACGGGCUAA